AUGCUUGCAAUAUCUUUUACAAACAUAAAAAAUGCGGUUAGUAAGAAAGGGGCCCGCUUGCAAAAAGUUUUCGUGCGACGGUACGAAAUACCGAAGCACUUGGAUGGCGUGAGCGCCGACCCCGAUCCUAGCUUCUACAGGAUGGUGGAAUAUUUCUACCACCGAGCCGUGAGCAUGAUUGAGCCUGCACUUCUGGAUUAUUUGAGUAAACACACCCAUUUGUCGGAAAAAAAGAGGAAGCAAAGAGUUGCUGGUAUUUUAAAGGUCAUGGGUUCAUGCAACAGUUCGCUCCAGUUCGAGUUCCCGCUCCAGCGCAAGAACGGUGACUACGAGAUUAUUAAAGGGUACAGAUCACAGCACAGCGUUCACCGAUUGCCCUGCAAAGGAGGAAUCCGAUAUGAUGAUCAUGUAGACUUGGAAGAAGUGAAAGCACUCGCGGCGCUCAUGACUUACAAAUGUGCCUGCUCAAAUAUACCUUUCGGCGGGGCUAAAGGAGGGGUUGCCAUCGAUCCAAGAAAGUACACUGUGGCGGAAUUGCAGAGAAUCACACGGCGAUACACACUGGAGCUAGCUAAGAAAAAUUAUAUUGGAGCUGGAAUAGAUGUGCCCGCGCCGGAUGUCAACACGUCCGGCCGAGAAAUGUCAUGGAUAGUGGAUACGUAUGUUAAAACUCUCGGUUACAACGACUUGAACGCUGCGGCUUGCGUUACGGGCAAGCCCAUCAACGGCGGAGGCAUCCACGGCCGUGUGGAAGCCACAGGCCGUGGGGUCUUCAUGACUAUCAACUAUUUUAUCCACGAGGAGCAGUGGAUGAAACUAAUCGGCCUCGAGCCCGGCUUUAAGAACAAAACGGCAAUCAUUCAGGGGUACGGCAACGUGGGCAGCUAUGCAGCUAUCUAUCUGCAACAGCACGGCGUGAAAAUUAUCGCCGUGCUUGAGAGAGACUGCAACCUUAGGAACGACGACGGGAUUGACACACAGAAAUUACACGACUACAAAGCUAAUCACAGAGGCAGCGUCAAGGGUUUUCCAGGUGCUAAGGAAGUGGGACCCGAGGCGUUUUUCGAAAAAUGCGACAUCUUGGUCUUAGCCGCCAUGGAGAAAACAAUAACUCAAGAAAACGCGGGAAAAUUGCAGUGUAAGAUAAUCGCGGAGGGUGCGAAUGGACCGACAACCCCCGCCGCGGAUCUAAUUCUCCACAAGCAGUCAGUGCUGGUGCUGCCCGACUUGCUGACCAACGCGGGCGGCGUCACCGUCUCCUACUUCGAGUUCCUCAAGAACCUCAACCACGUCAGCUUUGGCAAGCUCAGCAUCAAGUUCUGGCGGGACUCCAACACCGCGCUACUUGAGUCUGUCGAAAAAUCACUAAAGGCUAGCAACAUUGACGCGAAGAUCUUGCCAACACCCUUGUUCCAGUCCAUGAUGUCAGGAGCCAAUGAGAAGCAAAUUGUCAAUUCGGGACUGGAGUACUCCAUGACGAACGCUUGCCAGAACGUGUCAAGAGCUGCGACCACGCAUAACCUCGGUCUGGACUUGCGGAUGGCAGCCUACAUCACCGCCAUCGAAAAGAUCUUCGUCACUUAUGACGAGCACGGUUUGGCUAUGUGA